AUGCUCCAAUUCAGUCUCCAAUGGCUCUGGCUGGCGUCGCUGCUGUGCUGGGUGACUGCAGUCCCCGCGGACAUCCAUGUGUCGGACCCCCUGAAAGUCUUCUCGCAAACAAAAGACUACCCGCUGCCAAACCAAGGCAACAUUGCGACGCACGACCCCAGCAUUCUGCAGUACAAUGACAAUUACUACAUGUUCAAAGGAGGCGUGCACCUGCCCAUCUUCAAAUCGGACAGCCUCCGGGGACCCUGGAAGCGAAUAGGGACGGUCUUCGACGGGCCCAGUGUCAUCCAGAAACAGAAUCGUACUCGUCCGUGGGCCCCGACCACCAUUGAGCGCAACGGGCGCUUCUAUUGCUUCUAUACCAUCAGCAAACACGGCAGCCGCAACAGCGCCAUCGGCGUCGCUUCUUCGGACUCCAUUGACGAUGGCUCCUGGACGGAUCACGGCGCUCUGAUCAACACCGAAGAGGGGCCACAGUCCCACAUCUACCCGUAUACGGUCUCCAACGCCAUUGACGCGUCUUUCAUCACCGACCAGGAAACCGGGAAGCCUUAUUUGCUGUACGGCAGUUUCUGGCACGGUAUCUUCCAAGUGCCAUUGAGCGAUGAUCUGUUGUCGGUUGAACACCCCAGGCGCCCUGACGCGAAAAACUUAGCCUUUCUGCCGAACCGAAGGGUGAAACCACAGGAAGGGUCGUUCAUGAGUUACCGGGAACCAUAUUACUAUCUCUGGUUUAGUCAUGGGAAAUGCUGCCAUUUCUCCAAGGGCUUCCCUAAGAUUGGACAGGAAUACAGCAUCAGGGUCGGAAGAUCCAAGAACGUGCGAGGCCCAUUUGUAGACAAGGACGAACACCGCCUUACCGAUGGCGGUGGCACGGUGGUCUACGGGUCCAACCACGGGGUUGUCUAUGCGCCUGGGGGGAUCGGCGUGAUGACCAGCAACUCGAGCGACCCCGAUGUCAUGUAUUAUCAUUAUCUUAAUGCCUCCAUCGGACUCGGAGACGGGCAAGCACGUCUCGGAUAUAGCUGUAUCAAGUAUAAGGAUGGGUGGCCGGUAGCAGAGUAUGUGCCCCUCGCAGUGACCUGA